AUGUAUUUGAUGCCAAAGUUUGUCAAAGCCGUUUGGGACAUUGCUUCCCAGGUACGUUGUCUUGCGGUUUGCAUUUCAAGAUGUGGGCGAUGUCAUGUCCCUGGAAAUGGCCUCAACCGUGAGGCAGCGCGUCCGAAGAGUUCGCAUCGGCGACUCGGCCGGUGUGCCAUGGCUCGACACACCUCCCAGGUGGCGCGUUGGAAGGAACUGUCCCAUCUUCACCUCUCACUGGGGGCUCUUGACUCGAAGAUCUUGAGCGCUUGUAUUCUCAGCUAUGAUGUGGAGAACGAUUAUCAUAUAUAG